GAGGCAGGGAUAGGAUGAAGGGAGGGGAGGCUGAGCAGUAGAGAGGAGGAAGAGACUCGCUGUCUCAAAACUGGAUAUUCCUACGUGCCUGCUGCCGCCUGAUCCAAUGAGCGAACUCUCAGCUACCUGCUACGCAAAGGCACCCGGCGAGGUAGGGGACCACAGUGCUUCCUCCUUCCACUGAGUGUGUGUGUGUGUGUGUGUGUGUGCGUGCGUGUGUAUGUGUGCGUGGGAGACAGGUGUGUGAGCAACUUUGAAUGAGGCUGCCCUGAAAGCUGGGAGAGAAACAGGUUCAAGAGUACAGAAGAGACAUAUCAUCCUUAAAGUGAGUGUGCAGGGUUAAUUAUAGUGGGAAAUAUGUCUGAAAUGUGUGUGUAAUGUGUGUAUAUAUAAAUGUGUGUGUGUGUCUGUGUGAGAGCAUGUGGUGUAAACACUCAUGUAAGCCGGCACCUGCGUGUGGGGGUGUUUGUGCGCGUGGAAGAGAAUAACAGAGUGUGAACAAGAGUGUGACUGAUCCAGAGACAAGGAGUGUGUGAGGAAGACAGAGACAGAGGGAGAGAGGAAGAGAGAGAUUGAGAGAGAAAGAGAGAGAGAGAGGUGGAGGUCCAUCACUCAGACUGACGGCAGAUCAGGACUUUCAGAAUUAGAGCAGUGGGCUUAAAUAGCCCUGGUCCAGAGAUAGCCAGGGGCCCUGGAGGAGCCUGCUUAAACUGGGAGGCACGCUUAUGAGAUUGGUGAGGGUGGGGUUAGUGGUGUGGUGUAGGGGGGAAAUUUUGGAAAGUGAUAGAAAGAGCGAGGAGGAGGAGGAGGAGGAGGAUGGGGAAGAUGUUGGGGGCAAGGAUUUAAUCCGAUCAAAGGGCGACUCUGCAGGUGCAUCAAGCAUCUUAAGUCUAACUUUUCCUCCAACCAGUGCUGCGGAUAAAUGAAAGAAAAAAAAAAACACGAACUUGAAGAACUUCAAACAUCACCUUAAAUUUUUAAUUACAGCUCCCCUUCAAAAAGGACUUUAAAUUUCUGUUUCUGCGUCUCUCUCGUGGGAACGCAGAGCCAUGUUUUAACUGAAACCCUUAUUUCUUACCAGUGAGGAUGAAGAUAUACUCCGCCAGUGUGCAUGAUUAUGAUUUCUGUGUGUCUAUUUCUGCUCCGGCAGGCGCUGUCCUUCUGCUGCAGUGAUACCCCAUAUGCUGCCUAUAGGAACACUUCACAGGUUCAAACAGUUUGCAGCUAUAGAUGUCUUUCAAGUGAGACGCACAACAUUUGUCCUUGCUGACUUAAUUCACUUAUUUCAAUUAUGAGGACGAUCUGCUGGCGUGCUCAGGAAGUCUUGUGUCACUGAGAGAUUGCUUCGAGAAAAUACCCAUUUUUAGUAGUGCACGAUUUCACAUGCGAGCAGAGGGUUUUGAUGUGAAGUUUCCAGAGUUGUAUUUGUCACUUUUUGUUCUGAAACAGGCGCUCUUCGGAGGUUUCAGAGACUGCCUGAGCCAAGGUGGUGCUCUCGCUGUUGUCAGGUGGCUUCAAACAAUGCAGAUCUCCUGUGUUUGAUACUGCUUGUGUUUUUCGACAACAAAAACCUGGAGCUUUGUUUUAUGAGUCUGGCUGUGUACCAGAGAGGUUCCCCUCAUGAAUGAUGUAAAGCUGACAAAGAGUAACUGAAUGUAGGUUUGUUUCUAUUUCUUUUGGGAGACGGAAUACAACUCGUCUCUGUGGGUGAAUGAGAAAUACAGCAUGUUCUCCAGUCCCAUGUUUCUUAGAGUACUGUCACCCUGAAGAGCAGAACAGGCCUCUUGUGGAAGAAGGUUGAGUGGCUGCUGGCCCUUUAAGAGGUCUAUUUUUACAGGGGCACACUCAUGCAUGGAGCGAGGCGCACAGAGGAGGCAGUGGCACACGGAGACUCUAUCUGCUCUGCCUCACUUGUGUGACUCCACACAACACAUCCUAUAGGAGUUUACCCUUGUGACCGAGCGGCUGACAGGGAGUCAUAAAACUUGUUCAGGGCGCAGAGGAGCAUGUGUUCUCCUAAUGCAAGCUCCAACACGAAAAUCAUCAAAACGAGAAGUUACAAGGUUUUCACCCGACAUGAGGAAUCAGCCCUUUUCAAGUGGAUCUCUCUGAAGUCUAGAAGUGAUAAUGAGUGGGAGCUCGCAAUAAAGACACCCUUAUGCACACUGUACACGAAUGUGCCAGCAUUCCCACAUACUUGUUUUGAUAUGCAGAUAGCUAUGAAAGAAAUCUGAAAACAUUCAUGCCCCCUCUUACAAACACAUAAUACACUUAAGUUUACUUACACCCACACACUCCUCGAAAGAAACCACGAAAUGAGCACAUUUCAGAACAUUUUUACACAAACACAGCCGUGCACUUAGAGGUGCACAUAGUGCUGCUCACCCACGCAAAAAAAUUACUUAUACAUCCUCAAUAUCUGGACCUAAAAUAAUCUUCUCCUUAUGCAAUCUGCAUGUUAUAUAAUUCAUGGCCUGUCAUUAUCACAGCGCUCUUUCACGCCCUGCUGUGCCUCUCCACCUACAGCACCGCACAGACAGGCAGACACACACAUACAUACACCCUGCACCUUGUGUUGACAGUCAUAUACUCUACUCUAGCACUCUCACCCACGUUGAGUGUGUGCUCUCCAACAGCCAGCCAGAUGAGUGAGAGGGAAAGACAGAGAGGAAGACUGAGAGUAGGUGGGGUGGAGGGACUGAAAGUGAAAGAGAGAGAGAGAGAGAGAGAGAGAGGUAAAACUUAGAGAGCUAAAGAUACAUUCAUGCUGAGACUACGCAUUUGCAUGAUUACUGUAUUUGAAUGUGUUUUGUGAGGUGUAUGUCAUAUUGUAUCUUGGUGAAAAUUCCCGUCUUUCACCCACUGAUAACGUUACUCUUAUUGGCGACCACAGAUUUGCAUCACUUUGCAUUUCUUGCAAGUUAUCUUCUCAUAAAACGAGGCAUGUUAACUCCAUUCUUCUCACUGUCUGGUAACAUUUUUAGAAACUUUGCCGUCCCAGUAUAAACUCCAGUUGCAUUUCAUGGCGGUUUAAAAAGUGCAGCUCGUAACAAUCAAACACUAAAAGGUUAAGUGAUGAAUGAAGAGACACAAAGAGGACAAAUUCAGGACUGAUCAUGUCCUUGUAGUUUGUAAAAGCCUUUUUCAAAUCAACCAAUGAGACCUGUUUGGCGACUGUUCCCAGAUCAGCACUCUCACAGUCAGAAGCCUUUGGGAAUUGGCUUGGGAGCUCAGUUAGUGAGCCAAGAGUGUGAUGAAUAAUCCCAAACAUAGGCAGGUGUCUGAAUACAGUUGAUACAGUGCCAGACUACUUUAAGGUGAUAGACACACCUCUUGGUCAGGAUGCACCAUGGGAGUUAAGUGCAGGAAGUGAUAUUUUGAAUUCAGAUUUUGAAUGAUCUACAUCCAGAGUCACUGACGUGUGCAGAGAUGAUACUCGAGUCUUUUGUGUUAAUUAUAGGAAUUACAGUAAAUCAGUUCCCCCAGUCAAUCCUUUGCUCUGCGCGUUCGCACCGAUCGUUUUCUUCGGUCCUGACUCACUAACCCUUGUGUAUGAUUAAGCAGUAUGUUCUCCUCCUCCUCCACACUUCAUCUACAAUGGGGGUCGACGACCUUUCAACCCCGCAGCCCACUGCUCACACCCACAGAGUUUCAGCCAGGCCUGCCUUUUUACUUGAUGGAGAAUCAAGCUCCCUUAUAUAGAGAAAUCCAACUUGCACAAACAAAACAAAUUGCACUGGAUUGCUUCUGGAAACAUGCAAUAUCCAAGACAUCCUGCAGACUAGAGGCCCUUACACACCGCGGCCGACGCAAAUAUAGAACGCGAAAUUAUGAAAUUUUCGGAGGAGAAUUUUGAUGCGCCUGGCUACACACAUCAAGCCCGAUGCGAUUUUGCUACUUUCCGGGGAGGAAACGCGUCCCGGGUGGAAGCAAGAAGACUGACACAACAGCAGACUGAGUGUUUUCAGUUCUGAUUAGACACUAGUGUUGAGAUGGCUGUCUGUUGCAUGUAGCAUACUAUUCUGAUGGACUAUAGAUAGCAUUUACUGAGACAGGACCAUUACCAGAUAAGCACAUUAAACUAUAAUCCAUAAAAGUAAGGUAACAACCGAGACCUAGUGGUGCUGUGACAGCAACGCGAUUGAGUUUGAGACAGUGAAAAUACAUAUGGUAUGUUGUAUCUGAACAGGUUAGCUUACGAGCUAAAGUUACUUAGCACAGAUGAAAGUUAAAACAAAGACGUUUAGCAAACUGUUAAAGCACACAAACCAUCGUCAUAUGAGAAAUCCGACGCUAUGACUCUCCACAAGUUGUCCUUCAGGUUGUUAUCUUUGUAAUGUUUGUGUCUUUUAUCAAAAAGCAGUCUGUUCUCCGACACGUAAACAAUUAGCCGGUCGGCCAUGUUGGAUAUACUGGUGAACCUGAUGUCACAACAACACGCAGUCUGAUUGGUCAGAAGUGGACACAUAGAAUGGGAAACUUUGAAAAAUUGACCAUGAUCCGAAAAAAUAAAUGCCGCAAUAUCGCAGGACGGGAAAACAUCGCUGAUGUGAAUGCUCGUAUUGACAGGAUACGGGUUCGAAAAAAAUAUUGACAUCCGAAAUAAUCGCACGAAAAAAACGGUCCAAGUGUGAAAGGACCUUAAGGCUCCAAUAGUUUCCUUAAAACUUGUCUUAAAGUUUGAUGUCAAAAAUGUUACUGUUCUUUGCAACACCUCCAAAUUAAUUUAUCCCUUUAUUCAUCCUGCUGGGCAUAACAUGACUAAAAAAUAUUUUUUUUUUCUCUAAUUAUUACACAAGAUAAUUAAAUUGCAGAGUGACAAAGGUUCCCUCCUAAGUGAGAGUGGGACUCUCCCUAAUUGUCCUUUCAAAAACAAGCAUUAAACCCACUCAUUCCUAUUUUAAAAUAAUUUCCAGCACCUUUUGUAUCAAACAGCAUAAGCCAUGUGAUGAUGAGUUAAUGGCUGUGACCGUGCAUGUGGCUCGGUAGCAGAUUUGGUGUGGGAGGGGUUGUAGAACAAAAGCAAUAAUGGUAGUGUAUAGCAAUGUUGCCUUGAAUACAGUGAAUACAGUGCAGUGAUAAAAGUACUCCAGACAGUAUCUAUGAAGCCCGUCUAGACAGUCUCUCAGAAAAUGAAUGGCACUUGAGCUGCCAAUAGGAGACCUGGCCAUGCUCUCUCCAUGGAGAUGUCAUCACUAUGCUUUCAGCUUGCUGACAUUUUGCUGUUAAACCAGAGAAUCAACAGAAACCCAGCUUGACUGGCAGUCGCCGGGGGAAAGGUGCCAAAAACAACAAAUCUUUGGAAUGAAAGUAAUCCCCCCCAAUUCUUUUCACACACACACACUUGUCCUCGCGCUUUCAAGCUGUUUCUACCCCAUCAGACAUUUCUCUCUUGCUGAGUCGCUCUCUCUCCUCUCUCUUUUUUUUUUUUUCUCCCAUAACCCACCCCACCUCUCCCUCCCCCCCUUUUUCCUCCCCUCGUAAGCUACUGAUCUCAUAGCGUGAGAGUAGUACUCACAUCAAGGGCUCUGAGCUUGGCUAAUCAUACACGAGUGAGAGGCGGACUGCUACCUGUGAGCCACUGAAGCUGAGCAUGUAAAAAGUUAGGAAACUAAAUUGGCAAGAACAAACAAGUGCGCAGAAAGGAUGGAAACACAAAAGCAUGACUGUGCAUCAGCAGUAUGUGGCAUCAGUGUAGUUAUACAAGAAGUGCUGUCACCCACCCAAUAAUAGCACAUUUGAUUUUUGUUUCAUGUUUUUUUUUUUCUUCUCAAGUUUGUGAUGCAUAUGACACUUUAAAAUUUGAACUGAAGUCAUCUCUUCAGUGGUUGAAACUAUAGCUGCUGCAGAUACCGCAUAACAGGCGCGUUAUCAGAUUGAGGCAGUGGAAAAGUGCAAAAUUGAAACUCCCAUCAGCAGACACUUAAAUGUCAAUGAAUGACAACAACAUAACACCUGCUGAAGAAAAUGUCAGCCGCAUGGUUUUCAGAAUACCUGCUAACUGCACCGCUUGCUCCCCGCUGACCUGUGUGUGCAUGCUUGUAUGUGUCGGAGGAUUUACAACAGGCAGAGGAACACUGCAGUAGUCUGCGCUGUCAGAGGAAGUCGGGGACGAGGUGGAGGAAUUUUUUUUUUGCUUCUGCUGACUGGCUGACCUGCAUGUAAUUAGUCAAGUCAUAUUUUUAACUGAUAUUGCGUAAAAGCCAGCUUAAGGAGGCAUAGCUGCCCUAUUUAUACCCUAGGGGCUAAUGGCCUGUACCACUACACAGGGGGAUUUCCUCCCAGAACUAUACUAAGCCUGCCUUAGGCCUGUACAAGUUAGGAUUCACGGGGAUUAACCCAGCAAUACAUUACAGGCAUCACCUUCUAGUCUGCAUCUUUCACACUGUUUUACCCUCUUUGUCUGACUUUCCUUGCUGAGUAAGCUCUGCUUUUGAAAGGUGAUAUAUUCUGUUUAUUCUGCUGCACUGUGGGCACACUCUGCUGGUUUUACAGCUAAUCUAGAUUAGCAACUUUUGUGCCACAGAAUGGGUUUUAAAUCAAGUAACCUGCACACAAAAAAUCAAUCAUAGAUGGGUGUUUUUUUUUCACACGUUUGUGUUCCUGUGUGUGUAUGUAUGGUAUGUGUGUCUGAGCAGUAUGUUGUGUGUGCGUGGGUGUUAAUAGUAACUCCUGAGCCAUAAGCCCAUCCUCAUUGUGGUUGAGCCUGCUGCGGGCAGGGCUGCUGGCUCAUCCUGUUGAAGAAUGGGUCAGAGCGGUGACCAGGCUGACCUGGCCUUUUGCCCAUUAAGCUAUCGCCCGUAUCACCCUGUCCUUUAUCAGCUUAGCCGGCUCCUUACAGAGUAAUCCUCCACAGGGCUAGUAGUACUCCCCCCCUCCCUCCCUCCCUCCCCUCCCCAACACUCCGCUCUGUCUAUCUAUCUUACUGUAUAUCUAUCUAUGUCUAUCUAACUGUCUAUCCGCUGUGUCCUCUACCCCCCUCCCCCUGCAUUCCCCUCUACUCCUCCCCUCUGUUCAGAUCCGUUACAUUCAGCAACAAAUUUCUGCUGCAUCAGACAUCUAUCAUAGAUCCCCCACUCAGCCUGAAACGUGAUCAGACACCCCAUACAAGGCUACGCAUGGGAAAAGGACUACAAAAAGCAAAGUUAAAAGACAUUUUGGAUUAAAAGAUAGGAUUAGAAGUGAAAAAGAGAACAUUUUGAGUUGAUGGGGAGUGAGCUUAGAGUUAAAAGUUUCACCUGUGCAGGCCUUUGACCUCUUUAGCUCCUUUACACAUCCAUCACUUUGAUUUAUAGACUGCUGUCUAACUCCUCUGACCUUUCUCGUCAAGGCCCUGAACUUGCAUGUGUUUAUUUGUGUGUGAGGGUGCGUGUGUGUGUUUGUGAUGGACAGAUUAAAUAGAGCAAAGCCAGACAGAAGGACAAACAGGCAGAAUCAGAGAGGAUAAGAUGGAGCGAGCGUGCCAAAUGUCCCCACGGUGCCUUAAAUUAUUGACAGCACAGUAUGACUUCAGUGUGUGCUUGCUCGUCGUGUAGAUAUUCACGUGAGUGUGUGUGUGUGUGUGUGUGAUCAAUAUGCUAAAUAUCAAAGUAUACAUGCAGAAGAGCUCAACAGUCAUUUCUACAUUUCCAUAUUGUAGUAAACACCCUUUGAUGAACCCCGGCCUCGCUCUAUUUCCUCCUCUCUCGCUAUGACUGAACCAUUGUGUCUACAUUUGUUAUUCUUUAUGUGAUUCAUAAUCAAGAUAUAGUCUUUAAAUUACACAUUUACAACGUAACACAAUAAUGAUAUGUCGAGGAAAGUUUUAUUAUAUUUAUGUUCCUGCAUUUAUUUAUCUGCUUUAUACACUAAGUAGGAUUUUUCUCUUACUUGCCAUGUUGAUUUUAAACAAUUUUUUGUGACUUAAGCGGAAAAGUUUGCAUGUGUGUGGGAAUUAAAUAAGAAAAAAAGGCCAAGUCACCUCAGACACCUUUUAAUCAUGUGUAAUGCAGUCAUGGAAAAGGUUAUUUAAAGAUACUGUAUUUUAUAGGCGACAACAGCACUGUCAAAUAGCAGUGAAAUAAAAUGUUUUUGUUGUAGAUAAUCCCAAAUAUAAAAGAAUAAAAAAUAUACAUAUAUAAUUUUGUACUGAUAGAGGUAACUCAACUCCACGUCAUAUGAUCUUGAAGCAUAUUUUUUAUGUACAAGAAGAAUUUUUUGCCACAAAAUUCCCCAGAGGCGUAAAAUCCUAAUCCAUACGUGCUCCUAAUUUAAGAAUAUGUAAAUGUACCCUCUUUUAAUUCUGAUACUCGUAAUGAACCCACACAAUUACAGCAGCGCAGACAGCGCUCAUGCCCACACAACCUCAGCACACGUAGCCUUCUCACAGCACUCACUGUAAAAAAAAAAGAAAGGAAAAAAAAAAAAUCAAAGUAAUCUCCUAAAUGUCACAGGAGACUUUCUUGGCAAUUGUUGCUUUCACUGCGAGGAUGUCUCGAUGUGGCCUUCAAGCCGAUGUGUCUGCACAUGUCUCCAAGUCUGAUUGACUCUCUGUUCCACAGAGGGUGAGAAGUUAGACAAGGUUAACCUCUAAUUUACUGCAGGUGGAUACGAGGUUGAGAUUUGUUCUGAGCUUGAAAGGUUCGAAAAAUGCUCUUAGAGUUAUAAAAAGAAAUCGAAAUCACUUUUUUUACAAUUAAGCGGCUGUAAUGAUUUGAUUGCAUUUCAUUUUCACCCCCUGCUCUAGUUUAUUCUUGUUCCUGUAUCAAAUUUCUUCCUUGGUUAUUAUCAUAAGCUUGUUGAACUCCUGCUUAUUUUGGCGGUACGAUUGGCACUGUGCUGCAUUUCAACCUUGGGCCUGUUUAUUAUUUUCUCAAAGAUUUUUUCCUCACUAAUAGAUUUUGAUUUCUCGUCGUAAAGGGGCAACACAGCUCUCACAAAACCCUGUCCUCAUGAGCCGUGUCAGCCAUACCAGCAGUCUGCUGUUGCCCUGACUGAAUCACUUAGGCAAAUCAUUCACAGCUCUCCUGUUAGUGCAAAAACCUGUGCAUGUGUGCGUGUAAAUGUCUGUGUGUGUGUGUGCAGGUAUAUGGAGUCAAAUCAAAUGUAUUCAUAAAAGCUCUUUUGGCAACAGGUGCGUCACAAAAGGCUUUGAUGAGAACAAAGGACGCAAAUUCAGAUGAAAACUACAGAGAAACAAAAAAGAGCAAGUCUAGUGUAGGUCGUGUGUGUGUGCGUGUGUGUUUUCUCAGUGUGUGUUUGUGUGCUUGAUGGAUGUGAGGUUUAGUUUUGAGUCAGAGGCAGCAGCAAAAGCCUAAGUCUGAAAGUGUGUGUAGGAUGAACCUCCUACCACGUCCCUCCCUGUAUUUCAUCAACUGUCUCUCUGCCUCCCCUCCAUCCCUCCCUCUCUUUUAUAUUCCUCUCAUAUAAACAGUUUUGUAUUUAUCACCGAUUAAUUAAUCGAUCAAUGAGUUUUCAUGUUAAACAAUGCAUCUGCAGGGUGGAACUUCUGCAGAAAGCCCACCCUCAGACAGCACAAAGGCAGCAUAUAUCGUCCACUAUAUAAUCUGUACGUGCUGCAUCCAUGAUUGUUGGUGUGUGUAUGUUUGCGUGCAUGAGUUUAUGUGUGUAUGCAUGUUUGUAUAACUCACAGUGAUUAAAGCAAGUGGGCGGCAGCAGCAACUGGUCUGCCUGUGUGGCUCCGCAUAGCAGACAUGUUUCUCACUGCUAGAUAUUACUCAUUUCCUCAGCCCUUUGCACACACAAACACACACAUACACACACACACCGUUGACACAUACGCUCACACACACAACAGUCACAGAGACGGAUAGCAGGCUCUCAGUUCUUUCCCUCAGUUUGGUGGGCUUGCUGGUGUUAUUUCAUGCGUACACAGAUCAGAGGCAGUGUGUAGCUGGAGGCUGCUGCGAUCUGCGGGUGUUGUAGCUGGCAGUGGUGCUGUGGAGGAGAAGUGUAGCACAGUGAGGAGCUGAGGAGUGGGUUGACCCUCUGGGAGGACUGGAAUAUGAAUGACUGCCAACACUGGGACGCGUGCUCAACCCGCGCUAAGGUCAGUCUCACUUCACAUCACAACAACUACAAACUCCAUCAACCUGUCUGCUUGCUUCAACACUCCUUUACCGAAUCUAAGAGCAGUUUGUGGCUGAUUUUCACUCACAAUUACCAACAUAAGUAUACCAUUCGGGGCUUUUUUUAUAGCAAAGUAUGCGAAACUGGAGAUUGUAGUUCUGUUUUUUUGUAGGUUUUCAGUCAUGACAGCAGAAUGAAGUUUUACAGUUCCUCCAAGAAAAGGCGGGAUGAAGUGGAAGGCUGCAUAGAUUUAUCACUCACUAAUAUUGUGUUAAUAUAGCAGCAUAAAAAACACGUUUUUAAUUAAUAAUAAGAAAAUAUGCAAAUAGCUCUUCAGAUAAUUUGCAUUGAUGCUUUUCAGAGCGUAAUUCUUUUACAAAUGUUAGGACAAGAGCGUCUCCAGCUUAACUCCAGCUCUGUGAGCAUGUCUGCACAGUGUAGGAGUGUUCUGUUAGAAGACAUUUCUCUGCAAACUCCUCCACAUGCACAAUUGUGUUCUUUGUUUUCUUGUACUUUUUUGGCGAGUUUAUAUUAGGUCUGUUUUGACAACCUUUUUUUGUUUUUUUCUUUAUAAGGGCUGUCGGAAUUACAGAGUCAUUUGAGGACAAAUCUGAAACCGGCCGUUUUAAUUAAAGAAAAUUAGUUCCUGGACGAGCUCUUGCAUGAGCUACAAAUAGUUCUUAAGUAAAACAAAUAUAGACUUGAAAAAGGAAAUACCAAUUUUUUUAUUUUUAUUGCGCUUUACAAAAAAAAGCAGGAUUCCUGUGAUUCUUUUUUUAGAUAGUUAUUUUGUGUGUCCUCCUUUUUUUGGGAGGGGGCGGGGGCUCUUCAUUUUUUCUUAUGUGGUUAACUGUUUCAGUCCAAACCAUCAUUUAGUUUAGUUACGAAUAAAAUAUUAACAGCUGUUUGUAUGAAUCAAGAAAAAUUUUUUAAGUUUGGAUUAAUAGUUAAAUAGGUAGGGAAAUGAUCAUUUUAAGGAAAAUUCUUUUAUGAACUAAUAUAUGAUUUUCUACAGUUGCUGAGCUUGUAAAGAAUAUAAAGAUCAUCCAUUUUUAAGAGGGCAGAGGUCAGUGGCUUUUCAGCCCGCAGAAGGCCGUUUCAGCUCAGAGAAAAAAAGUGAGAUUUCAGCCCUGGAGUCUGAAUUCGCAGGUUUGAAAUAUUUUUCACGGCACCGCAUUGACUGAUUUGGUAGUUUUUCCUAAUAGCAGUUCUCAUGAUGCGCUCAUGACACUGUCCUGUCUGCGUCUGGGAGAAUCAAUCCCCCUCCUCUCAGCGCCCACUCUUCAGUUUUCCACUCAGAUGUACAAACAGCUUGCUCCACUCUAACACUUAUUCUGUUUUUGGACCAAGUCACUUGAUGAGCAACAGUUUACCCGCCUCUCCAUGGAGUAUCCCCAUCUAACCUCUAUAGCUGACUGUGUGUGAGUGUGUGCGUGUGUAUAUGUGUGUGUGAAGACAGUUGCCAUGGUGACAGUGGGGUGGAUGGUGAGACGGCAGGGAGCUAGAAGGCUGUUGAGACAGACGUGCGGGUGAGCGCGGGGCUGAUUGGCAGCAUGGCGCUGUGGUGUUGUGGCGGCGGGAGCAGCAGUGGUGGUGUUGGCGGUGGUGGUGGAGGGAACAGCUGGGCCGUCGGCGCGGCAACAAUCACUUCAAAAGAGCUCCUUUAAAAAAAAAAAAAAAAAAUGUUUGGAGAAGAAUUAGUGGAGCUCCCCCGCACUUCUCACUGAAUGAAACGAGGCAGCAAAAUCUCUGACACAUUCGAGGAUUCAAACACAAACACACACGCACAAAAGAGCCUAAACAAAUAAACACAUUCACAUAUUUCCGCCAGAGAGAAAAAAAAAGGCACACAAACAUGCAUGAACACACAACACAUUUACCCACACCCCUGCUGAGAAGAAUAAUUAAUAUGCGAAGACACAUAUCCUGUGUCCACAACAACUGGUGGCAAUAUCAACAGUGUUUCUGUCAGCUUUCGGGUGGGUGGUGACCAGCUUUGCCUUUCACUGGGGGAGUAAGUACAGCCGCCUGAGGGAGUAUUUCUGUGUCUGCUGCUCUCUGUGUGUGUCUGAAAGAGAAAGCAUGGUGGGUGCUAGUAGUAAGCUUAUACAGAAGACAGAGAACACCCGGGGGUGUCAAGGGGGUGGCUCAUGAAAGUGGCACAAAAACAUAUCUACAUAUUCCAAUCAUCCCCAGAGAGUCAGAGAUGAAAACUCUCACGCUGAGUGCUUUAUUGUGCGUUUGUGUGAGUGCGUUUUGUGUGUAUGUAGAUUUUAACACACACACAUAGUGCACUGCCUCUGAACUUCAAUGGCUGCAAAAUGUAUUUAUAGCCCACAUGUGGGAGUAAUGUGUUUGAAUGAAACGAGUAAGUUGGGUAGUUUCAGUCCCACCGCAGUGCACAGAGGUAAUGACUAAUUAGUGACAGCAAUCAGAACGCGGCGAGUUUCUAACCUUUCAAAGUAGUUUAGACGAGAGAGUCACUCUCCAUCUGUCUGCAGCUGAAUGUUUGUUUGCAUGUCAGAACAGAUUGACAGCUGAGUCUCAACAACAAGUGAUGCCAGGACCUGACAGACCGUCCUUUUUCUGUGUUCACACAUCAUCUCUUGUGCUUCUGUCUCUGCCGUCUCCCUCCUUUUCACCGUCCUCAUCUCUGCUUCUGUCCUCGUUUGUCCUCUCUCUCCAGGUGAGUGGUGCUUCAGCGCAGAGGACUCAACAGUGAUCUGACAGUGAUGCUGUGUAGCAGCCUCCCCCUCUGUCUGCGCCCCUCGUUCUCCCGUGAGGCCCAUGUGACCUAGCCAACACCCACGCACAGGGGGCCCCGAUCUGCCGCUGGAGCCCACCCAUGAAUCCCAGCCCUGACCGCGGCCAAGAGUGCCUCCCUCCCAAGAAGAGGGAGUCUAGGCAAGGAUCGACGGAACACCAAGUCCCGUUGGACGAGUUCAAACCCCCUGUGCCACUCCGGAGUCGGUCAACUGGGGGAGGAGGGGAGGGAGGAAGGGAGGCCAGUGAUAGGGACCGAUCUCUUAUUAACCCAAACCCCCAUCUCCUCCAUACUCCUCCACCUUUACCUGCUCCUGCUCCAGGCCUCCCCCUGCCCUUGCCGUGGCAUCUGAGCUACUCCCCCUCCGUCUCUCUCCCUCUUUUUCCAGGGGCAGUCAGUGAAAGGAGAGGCUCAGGGUCUCCUGCCUGGAGAGAUGAUCAUCUCUCUUUACCCAUGCCCCACCACUCCAGGUGGCUUAGAGAAGGGCCCCUUUCCUUACCUCCUUCCCCAUCUUCUUCCUCUUCUUCGUCCUUUAAGACGCCCUUCCCGGCUGACUCCAGAGAGAUGUGGUCCUACAUUAACAGCGGCCGACGGGAAAACAGCUCAUCUCUCUUCUCCUCUUCAUACUUGUUUAGCCACCACCCUCUCUACUCUCAUGACCCGAGCUUGGUUGAAGCCAGACAUCGGUACCUGGGCAAGAGGCCCAACGGCCUGGAUGGACCAGGCAGCAGGACUGCUCCGAGCUCCAGGCCUCUGCUCACAGGAGACUACGGGAAUGAUAGCAGCAGAACCAGACUGGACAUCGGUCCACACACCUCGCACACCAAUGGUGGGCGGAGGCAGCAGGAAGAUUUAACGUCCCGAGUCCACUCUGGGGGGCCUUUUUUGUCGGACUCUCAAGCUCAGGAGGGCCCUGAGCUACAUUCCUCACUGCAGGACAGACAUGGGAUAAGUAAGACCAGCUCCAGUUUACUCCCCAGCAGCCCCCUCCCCCUUGGGCCAGUCCCCAGGCCAAGCAGAGGGGGGCUAUUGGAUCCCUUAGGGGCAACACCAGCUGAAGCCCAGAUCUAUUACUCCUUGGGAUCGGUGUGCCACCCCAGCCCUCAGGCCCAGACUUUUCCUCUCUACAGCCCCUCAGGAACACCUCUGUACAACCUGCACAGGGAGCCAGGCACCCGACAGCACAACCUUAGAAACUCACCGCACUCCCCCCUCGGUCUGCCCAACAGCCACGACAGACCACAGAGAGACAGAGACAGAGAAAAAGUCCCACAGAGGGACAGAGAGCGAGCGAAAGACAAAGACAAAGAGAAGCACCUUCAACAUGACCAAGAAAGAGACGGCGAGCGAGAAAGAAGGCGAGACAGGGACAGAGAUCGAGGGAGAGAGUCGUCUCCUUCCCAUGUUCACACCUCACCCACGGACCUUCACCCGUCUCCCCCCGCGCUCCUACCUCACUUCACCAAGGGGUCUCUGAUUGAGCUGGCCAGUGGCAGGUUGAAGCGAGUGGAGGAGCUGCGGACAGAGGACUUCCUGCGGAGUGCUGACACCUCUCCUGAGUUCCACCUCAGCACCUGUACCGUGCUGCUGAUUUCCCCCAGCAGCGCUCAGGGCUUCAGCCACCUACAUGUCCACCUCACAGACCUCAACACUCAGGUCAGUCCUCUCUUCAGCUUUAAUUAUUAACACUACAGCAUUGUUAGGAAUUAUUUUAAAAGAUAGUGCCGUUUUUAUUUUAAGGUGGGAUUGUAUGAGGUGUCUAUUAGUAUCAAGUUACCACACACAGCAGAUGGUGGCAAGGCGGCUUGAGCACGAUCAUGGAAGCUAUGCUAUGUACCACAAUGGGCAGUGCUUUGAGUAAAAAAAGAAAAAUCCGUUUGACUUUAUUUUAUGAUUUUGAAUAUUUUUUACCUUUUCUCUGGCAUGUGUUUCCUCAAACAUGCAUCACCUGAUCCUGAUGCUACAGCUCACCUGUUCAGGUCAGACAAGGCCGUGGUGAACUUAACCUGAAGUCAAACCUGGAGAUUUCAAUUUUUUUUUUUUUUCAGUGUCUGUGAACCCUCCUCCUGUGUUAGGGUCUGCACCGAUCCGUUUUAGUUUUUAAAUGCUUAAAAGAGACACUUAAAUUAGCUUUUUGCAUUAAGACUUUUUGACUUUGUCAGGAAACUCUAUAUCAACAAAAUAAAAAUUAAAAAAAAUGAAUUGACUAAAUUAUAAAAUGCUCUUAUUAAAAUUAUGACACUUGUCAUGUUAGGGUCGCUGUUGACCCAGUUAGAUUAAUAUCUAAUAAUUAGAGCAAAAACUGAAAUCAUAAGUGCACUGUCAGGCACCACACUGACAGUCAGAUCCUCUUCCAAUCAUGUGAGAUUUAGGAAAUUUUCAUUUUUCCAUGUUUUUCCCUGUACAAAAAAUAAUGUUGGGCAUGUCCAGACAUGUGAGAUCAAUUCAGUAUAGAUGUCUGUAUGAGGGGGUAUGCUGACAAAGAAACCCCCAGAAUAUCUACAAAAACUAUUAUAAACAAUAUUCUCAUGGAUAAUGAAGGCUAACAAGGUAACAAAGAGAUGCAAACCAAAUUGGAUGAUAGAGAAUUGUUUUUAGUGUAAUUUACAGCUGAUUUAAGACACGUGUCAAAACCGACCCUUAACAUAGUGGGUGUGUAGUAAAAGUUAACACAGGAGGAAGGUUAACUGCUGUUACAGCUGGCCCAGCAUUAUCUGUUGUAUGUAAAGGAGUCCAACAGUGGUUGAAAAAUAAAAAGUCAAAGGAAAAGAUGAGUCAGGAAGAUGAAACUAUUCAAAAUCUAGUAUAUUGUAAAAGUGACUGUCGUCCGCCUUAUGAGAAAUUCAACUCCUGCUGCUCAGUCCCUCGUAAAACCCCACUUUAAAUAUGAGUACUUGCAGGGUUGAAGUAGUAUUCCCCUUGAUUUUCUCUGAGUCAAACAGAUUGUAGUGAUAAUGAGUGUCAGACAUGUGAUGUUGAGUGUGUAACCAUGUUGUGGUUUUGUGUAGGAGUUACUGAAGGUCUUGGUGGAGUAUCCGUUCUUUGUGCAGGACCGAGGCUGGUCUUCUUGCUGUCCCCAGAGAACCUCACAGCUGUACGGCCUGCACUGCCGCCAGCUCACGGAGGGGGAUGUCUGCCUGGCUCUAACACCUACACCCAACCAAACCCAUCGGACACACACGCGUACCAGCUCCCGGGCCCAUCGCAUGCAACCCCCCUCAAGGGCUGCAGGAGAGUCUAGCAGCAGCAGCAGCAGCAGCAGCAGCAGCUUGCACAGGGACGAGAUGCCACCACCACCUCCACCUCCCCCUCUCCCUCACCACCCACCUCCUACUGUGCCAGCCCCUCCUCCUCGUGCUCAGGCUGCAGAGCCUCACGUUCAGGAGCAGACGCGUCCACGCAAACGGCGCUGGUCUGCCCCGGACUCCCUUCCUUCGAGUGGAACUGAUGAAAGUCUCCUGGAUUUACCUCAUGGCUCUAAGCUGAUGAAGUGGCAGUAAAAAAAAAAAAAAAAAAAACUUCGAAAUGCACAUGUAUACAUCAUGCACAUACACACACGCGCACACAUACACACCCUCCUUGUCUCUGUUGCACCCUCUAAGACAAACAAUGAAGAGACCUCAAGGCAGGGUUGCAGGGAAGGAAUAAAAAAAUCAAUAGAAAACAUAGUUUUACGGGUGUCCACACUGCUGCCCAGAAGAUUAACCUCAAUUGCCAUUUUUUACCUUUUCUUCCUCUUUCCUUACCUUUCCUUUCCUUUUUCCUUUCCUUUCUUUUUGUCUUUCCUUUCCUCUCCUUCACUUUCCUCUCGUUUGUACCCUUUCCUUUCCUUUCCUCUCCUUCACUUUCCUCUCGUUUCCUUUCCUUUCCUUUCCUUUCCUUUCCUUUCCUUUCCCCAACUAUACUUAGCACAGCCCUAAAAGGAGCAGCAGCUGAAGGAUCUCUGGAAAGCUCCUUACAGACACACUGAAGACAUAUAGUGAGACAAUCAAGCACUUGUCUGUGUUCACUCUGUUUUUGUAAUGGUUGUCCCGCACACAUACUUGCUGACAGUGAUAUCUGCAGGGUAUCGGUUUUCAAUCAGUGUUAUGAAAGUAAACCCUAUUGAUGAAGUGCAGAUAUAUAUAUGAACAAAAAGUUGACUAUAUAUAUUACAUUACAAAUGUUAUAUACAGUAAAUAUGCUAAACAGAUUUAAUGCAAUCUCUCUGUCAGUUUUGCAAAUGCAUUCUUGUUUUUUCUUAAUUUUCUUGCUUCUGAGCCAGCGGCUACAUGUCAGCCGCGGCAGGCAAGGUGAAUGUACGAGCAACUCUUCGCCUUUUUUUAUUCUCAUCACUGGGAGUCAUUUCAAACAAUUGUUCAUCAAGGCAUUACCCUCCAAUAUGUUCUUAACAUUAUCUCUGAGAAAAGGGAGAACACUAAAAGGAAAACUGCGUAACAGACAAUCCCACCCACACAGACAGGUCUGUGCCACAUCGCUUCUUCGACACACAUGGUGUUUUUCCAUUAAAAACUGAAUGAUGGAUAGAGUCAAAAGUACAGCGCGGCUGAAGAGUAAUGGUGCUAAUAACACGUUGGAACAUGAUGCUUUGUGAAUACUCUUGACCCCUGUGUACUGUACACUUCUGUUCCCAUCUCAUUUUUUACGUACUGUAUUUGUUUGAAGGCAGGGAAACGGUGAAAGUAUUUUAAACUCAGAUACGGGUAUCUCCUCUGAUUCAGCACACUCUCUCACUUUAGUUUUUGUGGGGUUUUUUUUGUUUUUUUUUUAAUUUUCAAAAAGAAAACCUUACCUGUUGAUUUUUCUUUUUAAAUGUUAUAGCUACAAAAAUGUAUAUUUUUAAAAAUUGUGACUCUGUUAUAUGAUGUUCGCUAGAAAUAAAGGAAAAAAAGCUUUAUAGAUUUAA